GCUGGCAGACAAAGGGGAGCAGAGAAGCAGCGUGGAGUUUUUCCUGCAGCAUUGACACACGCGCGCGCGCGCUCUGACACGCUCCUUUACUCGCACCUCUCCUCGCCCACUUUUGCACACGCUCCUUUCACUGGCACAAGCAGCCACGCAGACUCGGUGUAGCUGGUCCCCCUCGCCUCAAUCGUAUCAAUAGUACCCCAACUCUUGGUCACCAUGGAGCUCGACUUUGCACACUUUGACGAGCGAGACAAGGCGUCCCGGAGCCCGCGAAAUGGCCGCUUGAACGGACUUCCCAGCCCGACCCACAGCGCCCACUGCAGCUUCUACCGCACGCGCACACUGCAAGCCCUGUCCAAUGAGAAGAAGGCCAAGAAGGUGCGCUUCUACCGCAACGGAGACCGCUACUUCAAGGGCAUCGUGUAUGCUGUGGCCAAUGACAGAUUUCGCACCUUCGACGCGCUACUGGUCGAUUUGACGCGCUCGCUGGCCGACCAUAUCAACUUGCCUCAGGGCGUCCGCUUUAUCUUCACCAUUGAUGGCGCCACUAGGAUCACAGCACUGGAUGAACUAGAAGAAGGGGAGAGCUACGUUUGCGCUUCAGAGAACGCUUUCAAGAAGGUCGACUACACAAAGAACGUCAACCCCAACUGGUCUGUAAAUGUGAAGGCCUCGGCCAGCCAGAAGAGCAUUCAAUCGUUGGCGGCUCGUGCCGCCAGCGAGCCCAGAGAGCAAAGCAAAGACUUUGUCCGACCCAAGCUGGUGACGGUGAUGCGCAGCGGCGUUAAACCGCGCAAGGCCGUGCGCAUCCUGCUCAACAAGAAGACGGCGCACUCUUUUGAGCAGGUGCUCACAGACAUCACGGAGGCCAUCAAGCUGGAAAGCGGGGUGGUCAAAAGGAUCUACACACUGGAUGGCAAACAGAUUACUUGCCUUCAAGAUUUCUUUGGGGACGAUGAUGUCUUCAUUGCAUGUGGACCUGAGAAAUUCCGCUACGCCCAGGAUGACUUCUCCCUGGAUGAGAAUGAAUGCCGAGUGAUGAAGAAUCAGAAAGCUCAUCGUAGUUUGAUCAAGAGUCCUGGAUCCGUCAUACGCUGCAAGUCCCCUGCUGAAUCAACCAACGGAACAGGCUCCAGCAGCCAGAUUUCCACCCCCAUCUCCAAGCACUCUCCCACCUCCACCCCGACCAGCCCUGCACCCGGUAACAAACAGAAGGAUCUCUACCUGCCCUUAUCUCUGGAUGAUGAUGAUUCUGUUGGGGAGUCAAUGUAGACUCUGAAACCUUUUUUUGUAAACCUGUGAGGCUUUCCAGCUUUUCUAGAGUGCCACCUUGUGGUCGAGAAGACCCACUUAGGUGUCAACUAGAAUUCUCUUUGCUGCUUGAGAGCACAAAAACACCCACUCUUGUUUUUUUAAAUUUAUUAUCAGUUUUUACCACAAAAUAUUCGUCUCACAAUGCCACGAAUGUUUUAACAAAUUUCACUGCCACUGUUUAGAAAUGUUACCUUUUUUUUUUUUGCACACACUAUGCUCCAAUCACAAAUUUCCCAGCAGCAAAAUGAGUGAUUUUAGGGUGUCAAAUCUGACUUUUGUAUGCCUUUUUUUUUUUUUUAGGGUGCUAAAGCUAGUCUUUUUUGGGAGGGGGGUGAGCACCGUGUUUUGAACCUGCUGUAAAUACUGUUCAUAGUUCUCAUAACCUUUCCUGGUAUUCCGGUCACCAUUGCUGUGCUUCCAUAAAGUCAUCUUAACGUUUGUUCAACUUUUUCUGGCUGUAGUCAAAGUAAAAGAACUCCUGAGGUAGCAAUGUGUGGAAAGAUCUUCUGAAAAGGAAGCUUUCUUAAUCAAUAAUUGCAAUAACUCUGAAAACAUUGCGGGAAAAACAUUCCACACAUUCCUCAGGCAAUUUCUUUGUUUAAUGGCUCCAUAUAUACAUUUGCAGGCUAUACCUGGUUACAUCUUAUACCCUCCAUCUUGUACAUAUUGCUUUGCAUGAUGCUGGUGAAUUAUUUUAAAGCUUUAGGUGCAAAAAAAAAAGAAGCUGAUUUGAAGGACCUAACGGUGCAUAAGAUUAACCAAAGUUCAUCUUGUUAAAUUAGGCCAAUCAGUAUACGGCAGUGUUUUGGUAACAUUUUAAUAAGUCAUGGAUAAAUACGUAAAGGUCACAAAGCCAAAGUGUUGCAGGAUCUAUUUAGGAAAAAAAGACUUAGCUUCUAUUAACAUUUCUGGAGGAACAUCUGGUCAUGCAAACAUGUUCCUCCCAAGGCUCUAACAUAAUAUUGCUUUUAAUAUUUGAUAAAGUUUAUUAAUUUAUAAGAAUGGUACGUGUCUUGGAUUUUUUUUUCUACAUUCAACUUGUGAGCUAUGACAAUUAGUACUUUUUUAAGUCUCCUUGUGCAGCUCUUUUUUUUAAUAUCUAUAAUAAAAAGUAUGUGAUUAUGUUUCCUAAGAGUUUUCUCAGGUUUUGCUGGCAAUCAAGCCCGAGACUCUUUUGAUUCAAUUGGAUGACACUGAAGCACAACCAGCUCCAGGCACUUUGAAUGUCUGCAUGGCAGGACCACAAUUUACCCCCGAAAAACUAUGUGAACAAAGUGCUACUUGUAUAGCCUCCGUUUUUCAAUUAACAUCUAUGCAUUUGGAUUUUAGGAGUAAUGAUGAAAUGUUCAUGCCUUUUGUCGACGACAUCUAUGAGCCCCCCCCACCCCCCAACAGAAUAUAAAACAAACAAAUGUCCGUGUGGGGUUUAGUCAUCAUCAUUGGUGCCUUGUUUUUGACCAAAACAAGAAUCUCGCUUGCUAUUUUUUAACCACUUUGUCAAAUGAGGCAUACCAACAAUGCUUGUUUUGUAGACUUAGACACUUUAUCAUGGUGUAUCCCGUACUCUUUUAUAUUCCACCUAUGCCUUUUCUCAUAACAUAAAUGACCUUUUUUGUGGUAUUUUGCAAUGUCAAACAGUGGCUUGUUUCAGUGCUUCAUUCAAUGUAAUAACGGCAUCAUUUUGCAAUUAAAACAAUUGUACAAGUACA